AUGCACGCGGAGUUGGCGCUUCGAAAGGCCAUUGGCGCAUUGUCCUCGAACCAGGUCAAGGAUUGCUCCUCCAACAUCCAUCAUUGCGGUGGAACGGGUGGCUGUGGAGGGUCUACCUCUGAGCUGGCAUAUGAUUGGAUCGUGAAGAAUGGAGUUGCCCUCGAUGAUGUAUAUCACGGAGAUAAGGAUCACGAUGAGAAGUGCACUCAAACUCCGGCAUACCUAAAGGUUGGAGGUUUCCAACCACUUCCCACCAACAAGCUUCAGCCUUUGAUGGCGGCCUUAACAACAAAGGGCCCUGUAGUGGUUUCCAUUGAUGCUGCCGGCUGGAACUUUUACGGCGGUGGGGUGUUUGACACCUGUGACAGAAAUGCUGUCGUGAACCAUGCCGUAGUUUUGGUUGGAUUUGGACACGACAAUGAGCAGAACAAGGUUGGUGUGACUGUCAAGAUCGCUUUAGCUGCUGCACUAAGGGAUGAAUUCAUGUUUGCAGAUGCCCAUUGCUACUUUGACCAAUCAAUUCCUUUUGUUUACGAUGCCACCUCGUCGGGGCCGCCGGAGGACUAUUGGCUUAUCCGAAAUUCCUGGGGAGAUGGCUGGGGAGAAGGAGGUUUCAUCCGGCUUUUACGUCACAGUGGUGAUCAGGGAGAUGCUGGAUACUGUGGUAUUGACAGCAAACCCCAGGACGUAAACCAAAUUGCCAGUGACUUCCGCAUGGAUACGGUCAUUGCCCAGAUGAAGGACGUGAAGACGUUGAUUGGUCAUCUUCAGCAGCAAGAGAAGGAUUUAUCCAGAAAGUUCUUUCAGGAAAGGCGCGCCACCACUGGGAAUUCACCUGAACUGAUGUAUGAAGCUGUGCACGUGGCGCAGGUGCUCCAUUGGAGCAUCAGCGUGAUGGACAAGGAUCAUUUGCUUUACGCGUGGCGUGGCAUUUUCUCGUUCUUCUUAUGUUUCCUGAUUGGGUAUUUUGGCUUUGGCAAGUUCAUUCCUCCCCGGCAGCCUGCCAUUGCUGCAACUGCCCCACUGCUACUGUCCAUGUAUGUCGGCUCAGCGUUGGUCAAUGACCUGAACCGAAUUCAGGGCUUGAUGCUGGGCAAUGUAUUGGCUCGUUUGCUGAGAGGUUUUGUAGAUAGUUGCAAUAUCGAGGACUUGGCUCUACACUCUCUCAUGACUUUCCUUUGGACCUUUGGAGGCUUAUUCGUGUCCUUCCAAUCUCGUGCCUUUUCAACGGUGGGUGUGCUUGCGGCAGCCUUUGGAGCCAGCACCUUGUUGGAUGUCUCCUGCAAUCAUCCGAACCGUAUCGACAAGCGAGACACCUUCGAUGGACUAACCAUGAAUUGCGUGGCCGUUCUGGUCACCAUGAUCACAGAUUUCCUGUUCCACUCCAAUCGAGCCUCUGAUUUGGCCUUUCAAAAGCUCGACCAGUGCUGGGACGAGAUCCUGCAAUCUUACAAGAACCUCUUGGACCCAAACUGCUCGGAAGUGCAGUUUCAUUCUCAAACUGCACGGAAGUUGCUACUGCAGGCUCAGCACAUGGGAGACGAGGCUGAUCUGGAGCCCCGAUUUUGGCGAACACGGUGGCACCACAAUUUGUUUAUGCGUGCCCUCACGAAGACUGAAUACAUGGCUAUUGCUCUGGCGGCAUUGGAAUCUGCUGUUGCUGAACAUGGCCGCGCGGGAGAGAAGAAGUUUCCUACCUUUGUGAAGUUGGCAGAGUUGUCCACCAAGACGGGUACUUAUGGCAUGUUUGGUGAUGAGAAGACGGUCAUUCUACUGCGAAAAUUUGUGGCAGUGAAGAAGCUGUUGAAGAUCUUUGUGCAUGAAACAGAUUCGACGCAUCAGUACUUCUCAGAGCAAAAGGCCGUCGAAGAUGAAUUCAUGAAGGAAACCGUCCCCCUCUUUUUCGGCCUGGACGACGACGAGCCUGAGGACAGGUUGUCACAUGAUGAGAUGGCACAUGUUUCGGUAGUGGUCGCCGGGAUUCACCGCACCACUGCACUUCUAAGAAGUGUUCAGCAUAUGAUCCUAUCGAGUCGCUGGGAGUCCUAA